AGGACGCAUGCGUUGGCAGGCUUGAUACGAGGAAAGCUGAUAUCCUUUCGCAGUUUAUGUUUUGAAACACACCGUUCAACUUUGCUGAUUUUUCGUAGCUGAAAAUACCUCAACGAAAUGUACGGUUUUGUGAACCACGCUUUGGAGCUGCUGGUUUUGAAAACCUUCGGUGAAGAGACGUGGGAAAGGAUAAAGAAAAAUGCUGAAGUGAGCAUGGAAGGACAGUUCUUGGUGCGUCAAAUUUACGAUGACGAAAUGACCUAUAAUAUCGUAGCAGCAGCUGUUGAAGUGCUCAAUAUUCCAGCAAACGCAAUCUUAGAACUGUUCGGAAAGAUGUUUUUUGAUUUUUGUCAAGAUUCUGGAUACGAUAAAAUACUUCAAGUAUUGGGAGCUACUCCGAGAGAUUUUUUACAGAAUUUGGACGCAUUGCAUGAUCAUUUGGGCACCCUGUAUCCUGGUAUGAGAGCUCCAUCGUUCAGAUGUACCGAAAGACCCGAAGAUAAAGCGUUACUUUUGCAUUAUUACUCGGAACGUCCUGGCUUGGAAUACAUUGUGAUUGGAAUUGUCAAAGCAGUAGCCAGUAAAUUACACGGUGUCGAAGUAGAAGUAGAAAUAAUUAAAACUAAAGAAGAAAAUGACCACGUUCAAUUCCUCAUCACUGAGAAAUCCAGUCAAAGAAGUGAACAAAGUCAACAGGCGGUAGAAGUAGAAGAAACUUUAUAUUUGGAGCCCAAAAUCAGCCCAUACACCUUCUGCAAGGUGUUCCCUUUUCAUUUAAUGUUCGAUAGAUAUCUUCAUAUUGUACAGACUGGAUCUGCGAUUGCCAGAGUGAUUCCAUCGGCUACUUCUUGCGAAUGUAAACUUACAGAUAUACUGAAUCCAGUGAGGCCUCAUUUGGACUUGACGUUUGAAAACAUUUUGGCACAUAUCAAUACAGUUUACGUUUUGCGAACCAAACCUGGACUUAUGAGAACUCAAGCAAAUGAAGAUUUCGCAACUUUACGUCUCAAAGGUCAAAUGCUUUAUCUACCCGAGGAAGAUUUAAUGCUAUUCCUAUGUUACCCCAGCGUCGUUAACUUAGACGAUUUAACCAGACGUGGCCUUUACAUCAGCGACAUCCCUCUACACGACGCCACUCGAGACCUGGUACUUAUGUCCGAGCAAUUCGAAGCAGAUUACAAACUAACGAGGAAUCUGGAAUUCUUGACCGAUAAACUACAACAAACGUAUCGAGAACUGGAAAGCGAAAAACAAAAAACAGACAGCCUAUUAUACUCGGUGCUACCUAUAAGCGUUGCGAAUGAACUCCGUCAUGGAAGACCGGUCUUGCCGAAACGAUACGACUGCGUUACUUUGUUGUUCUCCGGCAUCGUCGGAUUUAGCGACUACUGUGCUGUCAAUUCCGAUUCUAAAGGGGCAAUGAAAAUCGUCCGUAUGCUUAAUCAACUGUAUACAGCGUUCGAUACUUUGACCGAUCCCAAAAAGAAUCCCAAUGUUUAUAAGGUCGAGACAGUCGGAGACAAAUACAUGGCAGUCAGUGGCCUACCCGAACCAUGUCAACAACACGCCCGAUGCAUGGCUAAGCUAGCUCUAGACAUGAUGGACUUAUGUAAAGAAGUAAUCGUUAACGGGAACCCGGUGAGAAUCACAAUCGGUAUACAUUCUGGCGAAGUGGUGACCGGAGUCAUUGGUCAUCGAAUGCCUCGUUACUGUUUAUUUGGCAACACAGUUAAUUUAACAAGUAGGACGGAAACGACUGGCGAACCAGGAAAAAUUAAUGUUUCCGAAGACGCGUACAGAUGUUUGAAAGAUGCAGAAAACAACGACCCUCAAUUCCAUUUCCAAUACCGAGGACCGGUUGUAAUGAAGGGUAAAUCCGAUCCGAUGAAAGUAUGGUUCUUGACACGUAAUAAAGAAUACAUGGUGUAAUAAUUUUCCAUCCGCGGCAUCUCACAGUAUAAUAAGCAAUUAGACAAUUACACGCGAUUGAUUCGCAUCCAAGGAAACGAUUAAAUAACAAUGUAGUCUGCGUUUGUCACCUCAACAGCGAUGACUGCAUUGUUGGAAAAAAUUUCUCUUUCUGUAUCUAUCUAUAUAAGAGUACCUAUAAUUUGUCGCAGAUAGAUAAUUACGAGUACCUUAGGUGAUGUAUAAAGGUGGAAAAAUUAUGGUAUUCGUAUAAUUGUUUGGUGGCGAGAAUAGAACCGCCACUGUUGCUGCUGCGGUGUUGCAUUUUUUAUAUUUUAUUAAUUGGUGUAGUAGGUCUACCGGCAGUGGUAUUCUUUUACUCUGCAGCUUCAAUUCUCGAUCAUUAAAAUUAACUUAUAGAUAGAUUGUAAGUCUUUGGACCAAUUUAUGUAUCCGAUUCGACCUAAUGUUCUCGCUGUGUGUAAAACUAUUUUAAAUUUAAAUGUUUUUACUUAUGAAAAUUCUCUCAAUUAUUUUCAUUAAUGUUGAAAUGCUUUUCCAUAUACCUACUUGAGUGUUCUAUUUCCCUAAAUUUUCUCUCUUUAAUGAUAUUUUUAAAUAGGUAAGAGGAAUUAAAAUCGAAAACAGUUUCAAUUUUUUUUUUCAACUUUUUUAAUAUGACAGGAAAAAGAAAUUAGAGGAACAAUAUUAUGCUGAUUUUACUUUUUGAAAGCCAAACUUGGCGAUAAAUGAUUUCUUUUAUGGUCCUCUAAUUAAAAUUAUGACCCUAAUUUAAAAAAAUUUAUAUGUUUCAUAUUUACCAAUUAUGUUAUCAUUCUUGAGUUUUUGUUUUAGUUUUAUUAUGAUUAAGUAACUAAGUAUCUAUUUAUAUAUUGCCUACCUAACCUACUUUUACCUGCAUAUUUUAAUUACCUAUUUUUUUUUUUUUGGUUUUCAUUUGUUGUGUGUUGGACAUUUGUUUCCUUCUUGAAAUAAACUUUACUUGCGCAAUAAAA